GCAACAUUAGAUUGGCAGGUAAUUUCAUAUUUAUUUCGGGGUUUCCGGCACUUGGCCAUCAGUUGGCGAGUGGACUUCUUGGCGAGCAGUUCGGACACCUCUACUCCAGGAUAAUGGCCUCAAGUGUAAUUCCCAAGACGGUGAAUCCUGACAUACAAAAGGAGCGCGAUGGAGCGAGUUUCAGUAGCGAGGAGUUCGCCGCCUGGUGGUCAGGAGGCCAGGAUGCCCUUAAGUUUCACCGGGAACUGCGUGACUAUAUGCAAAAGGAUGUCGAUGCGGAUGAGUAUCUGCAGAUCCAGAACCUGUCUCAUGAGGAGAUAAGCGACUUUGCUGUAAGGACUUCUCUCGAGGCGGCCAAGAAGCUGCGUCGCCUGCAGGAGGAACGCAAUCCUGGCGGAGAGGACUACUGGCCAAAUCUAUACGAUCACAAGAUUACGUGGGGGGUCACACCUGCCGGAAAUCCAUUCGGAGUGAUGUACGUGAUGCUCAUUCAGGCUCUGGAGGCCCAGUGCACUCCGGAACAGUACGAGGAAUUCGGAAAGCGAAUGAAAAACUUUGAGAUUUGUGGAACUUACGCCCAAACUGAGCUGGGACAUGGCACCUUCCUACGUGGUCUGGAAACAAGAGCUGAUUUUGAUCCGAAAACCGAUGAGUUUGUUCUGAAUACUCCAAAGAUAUCCUCCUACAAGUUCUGGCCGGGCGGCUUGGGUCACUCUUCAAACUACUGCCUGGUAAUGGCGCAGUUGUAUAUCAACAAUCAGUGCAAAGGACCUCACAUGUUCUUCGUGCAAGUUCGCGAUGAGGAGACCCACGAACCACUUCCCGGAGUUCACAUUGGCGACAUUGGCAAGAAGAUGGGCUUCAUCGGGAUUAACAAUGGCUUCUUGGGCUUGAAGGACGUAAGGAUUCCACGCACCCGUAUGCUGAUGCGUCACGCCCAGGUUAAACCUGAUGGCUCUUAUGUCAGCAGUCCGGCCAAUGUCCUCACCUACUUUGCGAUGGUUCGGUCUCGCUGUGUGAUCACCUAUAACAAUUCCUCAAUGCUGGCAGUGGCCGCCACCAUUGCCACGCGAUACUCCGCCGUUCGCCGCCAGAGCCCCAUUGAACCAAAAGCUCCCGAACCCCAAAUUCUGGACCAUGUUACCCAGCAGAUGAAGCUCUUCCCCGAGAUAGCCACCAGCUUGGCUCAUCGUGUUGCCAGUGACUAUUUGUGGAAACUGUACGAGAUGACCAUCGAAGACAUAGAAUAUGGAAAGUACGAACGGCUUCCAGAACUUCAUUCCCUGUCCUGCGCCCUGAAGGUGACCUGCUCCUCAGAUACAACAGCCGGCAUAGAGCGCCUUCGUCUGGCCUGCGGCGGUCAUGGCUACCUUAUCUCCUCCAAUCUGAGCAACUUGUAUGUCCUGGCCACGGCAGCCUGCACUUACGAGGGCGAGAACACCGUACUGCUUCUUCAGAUUGGUCGCUUCCUGAUGAAGUCCUGGAACUCUGCACUAAGUGGCGCUCCCUUGGCACCCACCGUUAGCUACCUGGCUGAAGUCCAACAGAAUCCUGAGUUUGGUGCCUGGACAGGAACCUGGGACAACAUGGUCAGGGCUAUGAAGUAUGCAGCUGCCAAUAAAACGCGAUUGGCCUUCAAUAGCCUCUCUAAUCGAAUUUCCAAAGGGGAAUCCGAAGGCAACGCGGCUAAUCAGACCGGUAUUGAGUUCACCCAUGCAGCAGAGCUCCAUGGGCGUGCGUUUGUUUUCUCGUCGUUUACGACUGAAGUGACUGGCCCCAACGCCAAAGACCGAUCCCCGGCGUUAAACAGAGUGCUGGAGAAUCUCUUGGAACUCUACUUGGUCAAGGAGACACUCAAUCAACUGAGUAACUUGCUGAGAUUCAUCAACUUGACGGACAAGGAUCUAACCAGUUUGCAGGAGCGCUUGGAGACAGUCCUGACCAAGUUACGCCCCGAUGCAGUGGCUAUUGUGGAUGGCUUCGACUUCAGCGACCUCCAGCUGAACUCCACCCUGGGGUCAUAUGAUGGCAAUGCCUAUGAAAGAAUAUUCGAUGCUGCCCUCAAGAACCCCAUGAACCAAAAGCCAGUGCCAAAAUCCUUCCACGAGAUCCUUAAGCCCUUCAUGAAAUCCAAUAUCUAGAGAUAUCAUUAUCUUUAUCCAUAAGUAAUGUCUGUUUAUAAAUUAAUACCUCUUUUGUUGUUCUAAGUUAUACUCUUUAGUUAAUAUUUUAA